AUGGCCCCACAAAAAUACUACACCGUGGGGGUUAGCAACAAGUUUGCUGCCUUUGGGGCAGACAGCGAUGCUUCAUCUGACAGCGAGAGCUGCAGCAGGGCAGUGCAGCAACAGCAGCAGCAGCAGCAGCAGCAGCAGCAGCAGCAGCCGCGCAAGAGAAGCCAGCAGCAGCAGCCGCAGCAGCAGCAGCUCCAGCAGCAGCAAGGCUCCCCACAGCGCGAGAGACAAGGCCGCCCCUUCAGAGGCCGCGGGGGCUUCCGCGGGGGCCGCCCGAGGCUCGAAGGAGCAGCAGCAGAAGAAGAGGGGGCCCCCGGCCUGGUGUCUCCGCAGGAGCGGGAGGGGCCCCUGCGGCGGCGGGGAGGGUACCGGGGCCGCGGCCGGGGGGCCCCCGGGGGGGCCCCCGGGGGGGCCCCCGGGGGGCCCCCCGGGGGCCCC